AUGGAGGCAUUGAUGGGAGAGAAUUCUCAAUUGGCCUUUGAUGAAUAUGGGCGACCGUUCAUUAUUAUAAGAGACCAGGAGAAAAAGAAACGUCUCACGGGCAUCCAGGCUCAUAAGGUUUAUUCCCACUUAGAUUAUUUUGUCCAUAAUAGUCGCACAUCUUAGCUGCGAAGACGGUGGCGUGCACACUCAAGACAUCUCUAGGACCGAAAGGGCUAGAUAAGUUGCUUGUUAGCCCUGACGGAGAUGUCACUGUCACAAAUGACGGUCGGACUAUUCUGGAGAAGAUGGACGUGGAACAUGAAAUUGCAAAACUUCUUGUCCAACUGAGCCGUUCACAAGAUGACGAGAUUGGUGACGGCACCACCGGUGUCGUAGUCCUUGCGGGAGCAUUAUUAGAGCAGGCUGAGGCCCUCCUUGAUCGUGGGAUCCAUCCUAUUAGGAUUGCCGACGGCUACGAACUGGCGGCCAACAUUUGCCUGAAACUGCUUAACGACAUCAGCCAGGAAUUCAAGUAUUCUGCCGAGGACAGGGAGCCCCUUAUCAAGACUGCUAUGACUGCAUUGGGCUCAAAGAUGUAUGUUAUAAAGUCACUAAUUCCGUUUUAGUGUAAGCCGUUGUCAGCGCCAGUUUGCGGAGAUGGCCGUUGACGCAGUUCUUUGCGUUGCCGACCUGGAACGCAAGGAUGUUGACUUUGAACUUAUUAAAGUGGAAGGCAAGGUUGGGGGCCGUCUGGAGGAUUCAGUCCUAGUUAAGGGAGUUGUUGUCGACAAGGACUUCUCACACCCUCAGAUGCCGAAGGAAGUUAAAGAUGCUAAACUCGCGAUCUUAACCUGCCCAUUCGAACCGCCGAAGCCGAAAACAAAACACAAUUUGUUUGUAGAAAGUGUGGAGGACUACCGCAAGCUUCGCCAGUACGAACAAGAGAAAUUUACCGAGAUGGUGGAUAGGUAUGUUUUAGAUAAUAUCUCCUGCCGCCGGAUUGCUCAUCCUAGGUUGCUUCCGUGCGUAGCUGUCCCUGCUUAGAGUUUGUUUGCCUUCUGUGUACCCCUUGGAGGUACCUCCCUGCUCUUAAUGUCUCGCAUUUUCGGUUGCCCCUUUUGGGUUAAAGAACUUGCGCUGCUGAGUCGCAUAACAUUUGCUUUGUUUAGAAGUCUGCAACCUGUCUGGGCGGCAAAUCCCAGGAGUCCACCUUUGCAUCGUCACACAAACUACGCGCGGUUUAUAGCCGUGACCUGCCAUAGUUCCUUAGGCAUUUAAUCCGAACUCUGUGUCGUGCAAAUAGGCUCCCAGCCGAGUGUUAAGCGUCACUAGGUCGAAGAACUGUCAGACUUGUACGAUUCUGGGCGGCGGGGAAUUUGACGUCGGCUUUGGGCCUUCUUUAAAGAUGGCCUCGGAGACGGAGAAGCGUGCUGUCCGUUGCGAUAAUAGUUUUAGCGACACGGUUAUCCGUUUAGAGUUCUUUAGUGCUAGAAAAAUAAUGCAAGCAUGCACUUUGCAUACUUCUGUUCAGAGGGUAGAGCAGUCGCUAAGCAUGAAUCUCGGAGGCCUGCGCAUAAAGCCUCCAAACCUCGGCUGGGUCAUCCUCUUAGAUGAGGGCGUCACUGACAGGCGAGUGUGGUCCUUUGGUGUGUGGCGCUCGACUGGUAUAGGGAGCUGGUUUGAUCGACACCCCUACUUGUUUUGAAGUCGAGGCCACAAAAGAACUAUCUUGCGCAUGCUUGAGAUUUGUUCCAAGUGCGGCCAAGCUCUGUAAUUCGAAAACAUCGUAGGUAGAACUCACCUGAGUUUUGUCCACUGCAAAGCUAUAUUCAUAGGGAUUCUCACUCACCCAAUGUGUCCCUGCAGUUUUCACUUUCAAAGUCUAUUUCCGGAGUUUUGUCAUCGCGUUUGAUGCACUAAAGUCAUCAUCGCAUUUGCAACCUUCAGAGUUAGUGGUUUUUGCUUUAAAAUGUUGAUUCAGCGGUUUUUUGUGGACGUGAGUUUACCAUCGACCAAACGCUUCAUUCACCGUCCCCGCCCAAACCCUUCAUCCGCGAAUAGUUACAAGGCACCUUAAAAAGAAACGACUACCCAAAACGUCAGACCUCAAAUACACCUCUCCCGUUGAACGCCUCCUCAUUGAUAUGCCACUCGGGAAUCGCAUUUUCACUACUAUUGACAAGGCGCAUUUUUGGUCUCAGUCGUCUACCCCAAAUUUAGCGGAAUCUAGCCUAAAUGUCCAACUUUUUUUCUUUUUUUAGUGUCAAGGCGACGGGUGCAAAUUUAGUAAUAUGCCAGUGGGGCUUUGAUGACGAGGCCAACCAUCUGCUACUUAGCAAACAACUGCCAGCCGUGCGUUGGGUUGGGGGAGCCGAAAUCGAACUAAUUGCAAUCGCUACCGGUGGGCGUAUCGUUCCUCGCUUUGAGGAGUUAACGGCGGAAAAGCUUGGAAGAGCUGGGACCGUCCGAGAGAUGUGCUUUGGCACCACCAAGGAACGCAUGCUGGUAAUUGAGGACUGUCAGAACACAAAGGCUGUGACUUGUUUCUUGCGCGGAUCAUCAAGAAUGAUUGUUGACGAAGCGAAGCGCUCAUUGCACGACGCUCUUUGUGUCGUACGAAAUUUGGUGAGCUUGCCUUUCCAUUGCUAACUCUUCUAGGUUCGCGAUUCAAGGGUUGUUGCUGGAGGUGGCGCCUGUGAACUAGCCUGCUCCAUUGCCGUUGCGUCAGAGGCCGACCGAAUUUCUACUUUAGAACAGUAUGCGAUGCGCGCCUUUGCAGAUGCGUUGGAGUCCAUUCCCGUUGCUCUGUCCGAAAAUUCGGGUCUUCCAUCCAUCGAAACUGUUGCUUACGUCAAGGGUCGCCAAGUCCAAGAGAAGAAUCCAUAUCUUGGGAUUGAUUGUCUCAACAAAGGCACGUCAGACAUGAGGGAACAGAACGUCUUUGAAACUCUUACUUCGAAGAGGGCCCAAAUUAUGUUGGCUGUACAACUCUGCAAAAUGAUUUUGAGGAUCGAUGACAUACGCAUCUCCCCAGGAGAAAUGUAA